AUGUGCGUGCACACUAAUGUGACGUCACUCGUCAUUAAUGGCGGGUUUCUUGGAUUAAAAGACAACCCAGCUGUCGAUUAUUACGAGCGAAGCAAAGCGUCAUAUGCCAACUUGUUCCAAAGUCGAGAUCACGCCGCGCUGAAGCAGCAGAAUACAUACUUCGCUAUCAAACUCAACAAGACGCUUGAAGAAUGCGCAUACGCGUGCAUGGGCAGUACGGUACAGACAUGCCUGUCGUUUUCCCAUAGUCCCAACACAGGCGCGUGCGGCCUCAGUAACGUGUUUUACGGAGACGGACACGAGGAGAUCAGCCUUCUCCAGAGUCAGAUUUACAAUCACUACCAAUACUACACAAGCUGGCCGUGUAACGUGACCAUCCCGGAGAACUACGGACCCCGGGUUCUCGCUUCUCUCCACUUCCCUUAUCAGUCAAUCCGCCAUGCUCACUGUCACAUGAUAAUCGAGGCUCCAUCGGGAAAACAGGUCCAGAUUUUGUUUCCGACCGUUUUCUUUGGCCAGGACGUUUGUAAUGGCCAAAACAGAGCCGGAUUGACUGUCCAUGACGGAAUUUCCGGAACCGGAAGUGUUCUCGGACACUAUUGUCACUCGACAAGCGAUAGAUCACAUCCGCCCUUGCUUACAUCUACAUCCGGGUCAUUGUACGUCACAUACACAGCUGAUGACGUUUCGAUGGCGUUUGAGUCAAUAUAUCAGUUUGUAACUGUGGACCCCUGUGAAAGCAGCCAAUGUAAGAACAGCGCUACCUGUAUCGCCAAAAACACGAGUUAUGUGUGCGAAUGUCCAGCUGGGUUCGCCGGUCAAUUCUGUGAGGUCAAUGUUGAUGAGUGCGCUUCUUCGCCAUGUCUGUUCCACGGACAAUGCGUUGACCAGGUCAAUGGUUAUUCGUGCAAUUGUACGCACGAAUUUACGGGGGAUAGGUGCGAGAAGUUCAUCGGCGCUUGCGCAGAUAACCCAUGUGAUCACGGCGCAUGCGUCAUUACCAGUCGGUACAAUUACACGUGUACCUGCAUAGAUGGAUAUGUGGGAAAACACUGCAACAUGAAAUUAACACCGUGCAUGUCAAAUCCGUGUCAACAGGGCACGUGCGGUGAAACUACCGACGACUAUAUAUGUAAAUGUAUUGUGGGAUAUACCGGAAGGAACUGUGAUAGACUGGCCGUUGACCUUUGCACUUUCUCGCCAUGUAAACAUGGCCGCUGCACCUCAACAACAAACCUGGAUGUACUUUGUACAUGUGAUAGUGGAUUUACCGGGAAAUACUGCGAGACAAGUAUUGACCUUUGUGCUGAAGUCAACUGUCACAACGGAAGCUGUGUCAGAAACAACACUGGGUACACGUGUCAGUGUAACGCUGAGUUCAAAGGCAAAUUCUGCGACGUAGCUAUGACUGCAUGUGAACUUCACGUAAACGAUUGCAACCCGGGACGUUGUUACUCAUACGUCAAUGUUCCGGAAGGCUACGUCUGUUUAUGUCCAGAUAACAAAUACCGUCAACAAUGUAACAUGACCUAUGACCCCUGUUCCCAAUCACCCUGUCACCAUGGUACCUGUAGCCAAAGUCAAGCCGGAUACACAUGCGCGUGCGCUAAUGGUUACAUUGGUUCGCUUUGUAAUAUACCGACAUGCACAGUGGCAGACUGUGGUCUCGGCCUCUGUGAAGAUAAGUAUACCGGCUAUAACUGCAUAUGCCCAGUUGGAUAUGGCGGGAAAAACUGCGAAAACUCUAUAACCAUAGCCCCCACAGUAGUUAACCAAUCAACAACUGCAUCGUGUAUGACGUCAUCUUGUCACAACAAUGCUACAUGCAUUCAAGAAAAUCUUGGUUUCAAGUGUGUUUGUUCCGAAGGAUGGACCGGAAGUGCAUGUGACGAAAUCAUUGACGCAUGUGCAAGUGACCCUUGCAUAAAUAGUACAUGCGUAAUUGAGGGGUCGAAACACAAGUGCGUGUCUACAGACGCUUCUUCAGUACAGGGAUUACAAGCUUCUCUCUGUGACGUAACGACAUGUCACAGGGGCGGAACAUGUAUGGACUCAUACACAGGCAUCGUGUGUAUCUGUCCGUCGGGAUUCCACGGAGCCAGAUGUGAUGUUACGUACGACGCAUGCGCCACUCAGUCCUGUCCCACAGGUUUAUGUCAACUACACGAAACUGGUCUCAGGUGUGUGAUUGGGGUAAUACAGGGGUCAUCCAACACCACAGCGGCCUUGCAAGGCGCCGGAAAGCGUUGCGGAUGA